AUGCUACAUAUACUUUCAUUCCUAUGCGCGAUGCUAGCGCUGGCGCAUAGAGCCCAAUCAACAGGUGUCAUUGUACCACUGUACGCCUGGCCAGGAACAGACGCAUGGACGACUGUCUAUGAAUCAGUUGCCGCGCAUCCAUCCGUUCCAUUCUACCUCAUCAUCAACCCGGACACUGGGCCUGGAACCACAGAGUAUCCAGAGGAAUCCUACAUAACCGGAAUUUCCAAGCUGAACAGCUAUCCCAACGUCCACGUCUUGGGGUACACGUAUACAAACCACGGCACACGCGCCAAGUCAGAAGUUGAGAAAGAUAUCGCCGCAUACGCCAAAUGGGCCAACUAUGCCGGAAAAGACAUCAGUCUCGCCGGAAUCUUCUUCGACCUCACGCCCAAUGGGGAAGAUCAAAGCAAGCUCGAUUACUUCCAGCAACUAUCCGCAACAACCAAGGCAAGUGGUCUGGACAUGAUUAUUUUCAACCCUGGGGCCAAGAUCCUCGCCGAUGUGCCGGACUGGUUCGCUGCGGCGGACUUCAUCGUCGAGUAUGAGAAUACGUAUGCUAAUUGGGUGGCUUUGGCGCCAAGCGAGCACCUCUCGGCACAGGGGAAUGAUGCGAAGAAAGCGAUCAUCUUGAAUCAGACGCCUGUUGAUGCUAGCGUCGGUAACGUCGUCAAGCUGGCGAAGAAUAUGGGACUUGGUGCUGUCUAUUUGACCUAUGAUGAUAAUUACAUGGGCCUCAGUUCGGUGUCAAAGAUUGCAGUUGCAGUCUCUCAGAGGAAGGCACGGCAUAUCGGUCACCAUGGCCAUUGA